AUGGCGCGCCGGCUGCGGCCUGCGGCGGGCGCCGGAGCCCGAGGCGCGCUGACCCUGCUGGCGCUGGCCCUGUGCGUGGCCGGGGCGCGGGCCAGGGCGCUCGAGUGGUAUUCGGCCGUGGUGCGCGUCGAAUACGUGGACCCGCAGUCGAACCUGACGGUGCGCAGCGUCCCCGAGAGCGGCCGCUUCGGUGACAGCUCGCCCAAGGAGGAUAUGCGGGGCCCGGUGGGCGUCCCGCGCGCCGACCCCAAGGGCUGCGCGCCAGACACCAGCUUCUACGCGCCGGGCGGCCUGGGGGCGGCGCGCUGGGUCGCCCUGGUGGCGCGCGGCGGCUGCACGUUCAAGGACAAGGUGCUGGCGGCCGCGCGCAGGAACGCCUCGGCAGUGGUGGUGUACAACGAGGAGCGCUACGGGAACCUCACCGCGGCCAUGUCCCACGCGGGAUCAGGAAAUGUAGUCGUCAUUAUGAUUAGCUACCCAAAAGGACAAGAAAUUUUGGAUCUGGUGCACAAAGGAAUUCCAGUAGUAAUGACCAUAGAGAUUGGUAUGCGUCAUAUGCAGGAGUUCAUCAGUGGUCAGUCUGUGGUGUUUGUGGCCAUUGCCUUCAUCACGAUGAUGAUAAUCUCAUUAGCCUGGCUAAUAUUUUACUAUAUACAACGUUUCCUAUAUACGGGCUCACAGUUUGGAAGUCAGAACCAUAGAAAGGAAACUAAGAAGGUUAUCGGCCAGCUUCCACUUCAUACUGUAAAGCAUGGAGAGAAGGGAGUUGAUGUUGAUGCUGAGAAUUGUGCAGUGUGUAUUGAAAAUUUUAAAGUGAAGGAUGUUAUCAGAAUCCUGCCAUGCAAGCAUAUUUUUCAUAGAAUAUGCAUUGACCCAUGGCUUUUGGAUCACCGAACGUGUCCAAUGUGUAAACUUGAUGUCAUCAAAGCCCUGGGAUAUUGGGGGGAGCCUGAGGACAUACAAGAGCUGCCCACUCCAGAAGCUGCCCCUGGAAGUGUUUCUUCUGGGAAUUUGAGUGUGACUUCCCAAGAUGAGGACAGAAAUGGUGAGAGCAACCUGCCGUCACCAUCUACAAGCGAAUCUAGAUCAGCAUGCCCUGCCAGUUUUAAAGAAGAUGCAGGUGAAGAUACAGCAUUACUAGGUGCUGUCAGAAGUGACCCUCAGCAUGGAGGACCCAUCUGCUAGCAGAGAACCUCAGUACAGCCUCACCAACAUGGCCUUGACUUGAACUAAAGGACACUUUUAUUUUUUUACUUUAGGACAGUUUGUAUACUUGAAAACAGUGACAUUAUUUUACUUUUCAGAUUCAGAUUUGAUAUUCAAAGGGCUGAGAUAUUUUAUUCCUAAAGAGAUUUUUUUUGAUUAAUCUUCAUAUAUUUAUCUACUAAAGUACAGUGUUUAUGAUAAACUGUUGCUUCAGACUGUCAGAGAAGACACAGCCUUUAAUAUGGAGGACAGUGGUAUUUUUCAAUAUACCUUCUAUGGUACUGUAAAAAGAUUCUGCUUCUCAGGCUUUUUAGAUAAGAGCAUGAAUUUAAAGUAGAACGUGUAAUGUAAUUCAGUAACUGAUCACAUGGGCUUUCCCUGAAGCAAAAAUUCUUUAGAAAUUAAAAUUUAUGAGAUGAGAAAUCUUGCUCACUGCAGUGGCACUCACAUGUAUCCCAGCACGCAGGAGGCUGAGGCAGGAGAGUUCAAGCCAGCCUAGGCUACACUGCAGGAACCUGACUAAAAAGACAAAAAGAAAAGAUUAAGGAAUCAACUGUCUGGCACUGAGUUGCACAUAGAAACUUCAAAACAUUUUCAUUGUUGUUUGGGUUAUGAUAAAAGCACUUGAUGACUUUAGGAUUUGCAUUUUUACCUCAACUACUUAAUUUCUUUUGACAUUUGCAUGGGGAAGAUUUGUCCAUGUUUUCCUACAAAUAAAAAAGCCAAGAUUCUGUAUUGCACAUUAAAGCAUUAAAAUCUUCAUUGAUUUGUUAAAGAAAUCA